AUGUCACUUGAUAGAUCACUUCUUCUAGUUGCGCUACUGGUUUUCGGGAUAUGGGCAUGCAAUGUAACAUCUCGAACGUUAAACGAAGAGACCAUGUUACAAAAGCAUCAACAAUGGAUGGCUCGUUAUGGGCGUCAAUAUAAAGACGACAUAGAGAAAGAAACACGAUUCAAGAUAUUCAAGAACAAUGUGGCGUACGUGGAAUCAUUUAACGAUGCGGGGAACCGGGGUUACAGGUUGAGUGUCAAUGAGUUUGCGGAUCAAACGAAUGAGGAGUUUAAAGCCAUCCGUAACGGAUUUAAGGUCCCGUUCGGACUUGUAUCGGCUCGAACCACAUCAUUCAUGUAUGAAGAUGUGAAUGCAGUUCCAUCUAGCAUGGAUUGGAGGAAGAAAGGAGCUGAAGCUGCUGGGCUUUUUCGACAAUUGCCGCUACCGAAGGAAUCACUCAACUCACCACCGGGAAACUGA